UCAGCUGGGGGGUUGAUUUCUCUUAAAUCCAUGCAUGCCUCAUGAUGACGUAAUACAAAAACACCAAGAACACAGAUAUCUUAUGAACUAUCUAAACUAAGGAAGAUUGAUUGAUUUCUACUGGUCAAAAGCACACUCAAUUGAAUGGUACGGAUUCUUAUUAGCCAUUCUAGUAACAAAUGUCGAAAUUCAGACACCAACUUGUAUCUGACAAUGUAAACUGUUCAAGUAUUACCAAAGAUCCAUUUGACAUGAUUUCUGAAACAGUCUGUCUUUCAGGCACGCUUAAACUGGCCUUUCCACGGGAAAUAUCACUGAUGAGUUCGUCAACGAUCUUGUUUGCCAUAUUUGUGUUUUGCAACGAUUUCCAAACAAACGAAAAUCUUGAAAGAUUCAAGUUUGGGUCAAUUGUUACGAGUGGGGAAGACAACAGCACGUCUAGUGAAAACGGACUUACAGGCUUGGAUCAACUUGUUAUAAUUCUUCGAAGUCAACAUGAUUCUUAUCAUCGGCAAAAAGCAGAGAGAUUUAAAAAGAAACUCAAUGAACAAAUAACAGCUAGAGCACUUCAGGGUCAACUUAUUUUGAAAAUGCUUCAUGAAGACUGGGCCCCAUAUGGGGCAUGGACAAUAUUUCCUAUUAUAAACAUUUUGGCAAAUGAAUUUUUGAACUUAAAAUCAUGGUUCUUUUUCUGUGAAGAUGAUACAUUGCUUGAUCUGCAUGGAGUCUUGAGAGUAUUGGGUCGCUACAAUUACUCUGAGGAGCAUUUUCUUGGGCAUGCCUUGCAAGAUCCUCAACCUGCCAUAAUUCAUCAUUUUGCCUUUUACGAAGAUCCAUCAAAGUUUUCGUUCCCUGAUUUCUCAGCUGGCUGGGCGAUGAGCUCCGCGUUAUUGAAAAGAUUAGCUCAACGUCUCGUUGACAAGCCACUUGAAGUUGAUUUCAGCAUAGAUGUGCAACACGAGGUGGCGAUGUACAUUUUUCACGAUGGAAAGGGCAUUAAGCUCACAGAUAUCCCAGAGUUCUGUACAAGCACUCUCGAUGAUGACGAAACUUGCGUGACGUCGUUUAUUGAUUCUUCCAUGUCGUGUGGUGAACUUUCAAACGAAGAUCUAUUUUUUGCCGUCAAAACAACCAAGAAAUACCAUAAAGACAGAGUUCCGGUGAUCAAGAAUACUAUUGGUCAAUACACGUCACGUAUUGUGUAUUAUAGUGAAACUGUCGAUGCCAGUAUUCCGACUGAGGAUACAGGUGUACCAAAUAUGGAAUCUGGACACUGCGACAAACUGUGGGCAAUUAUGAAAAACAGUCAAAGCAACAAAAAAGCAGAAGGGAUGAAAUGGCUUGUUGUUGUGGACGAUGAUAGUAUAAUGAGUGUUUCCCGCCUAAGACGGUUGUUAGCAUGUUACAAUUCAAAAGAGAAGAUCUUAUUGGGCGAGAGAUAUGGGUACGGAUGUAACGCAGGUCGAGGAUAUGAGUACAUAACAGGAGGUGGUGGGAUGGUUCUGAGCAAAGUUUUAGUUGAUGCCAUGUUGAGGUCUGAUUGUGGUUGCCAGUCACCUGAUGCCCCUGAUGACAUGGUUCUUGGGCAAUGUUAUAGAAUGUUCAGCUUACAUACUGUCCACAGUUCUUCAUUUCAUCAGGCGCGACCGGUAGAGUAUUCUCCGAAACUUCUUGCACAUCAAAUUCCUGUUUCUUUUCAUAAACAUUACGAUAUUGAUCCAUAUAAAGUUUACGAAGAUUAUUUGAGUUGACAUCUUACGAAAGGUGAUUAUUGUAAUACUGCUUCAAGUGCACCCGCCUUUUAAGAAGUUGCAGUUCCGCCUUUGAAAAGUUGUAGGACUAUCCGUUAUGUUGCUGUGUAUGAACAACUUAUCAAUGCCUAUCGCUAUCAUUGUUCUAUAGCCAUCAAAUGUCAUGUUGUUAAAAGUGCCUAUGAAUCGAAAAUUUUGCAAGUUAAAUUGUGUUUGAAAUGACUAGAACUUUUGAAAUGACAGUGUACUUUCUAAAACAGUUAAUGCUUAUCUCUUUUUAUUCUCGUGAUUUUGACGUUUUUGUUACUUCAAAUUUAUACAACUUGUGACGUCAUGUUGCAUAAUGACCUCGCACAAUGUUUCAAAUACUCUUCAGUUUCCUGACAACUUUAGGUUGAUACCAGUAGGAAACAUCUUUUACAAUUAACCACGUCACAAUGAAGGGAACUCUUUCCUUGUGAAGUAAAGUAUCGGUAAAUAUACCCAAUGAUUUUAGAUCUCCAUUAUGCAAUUUGACGUCACAAGUUAGAUAAAUCGGACAAAGCAAGAACCUCAAUAUCUCAAGAAUUAAAAGUGAAAAUUAAAAAAUUAAAGGAAUACUCAGACAAACAAACACUUAUCUCUAUUUAUAAUGCCCUGGUACAUCCUUACUUCACAUAUUGCUGUGAAGUUUGGAGUGUAUUGGGGGAAACUCAAUCCAAAAGACCACAAAAGCUUCAAAAUAGAGCUGCAAAAAUGAUGAUAAGCAUGGGCAAUGAUGUCGAUCAUUGUAAUGCAUUACAAGAAUUGAAGUGGGAACCUUUGAAAUAUUUAGAAAAAAAGCUAAAGCAAAGUUUAAAUUAUUAAAAAAUGCAGGACCAAAUUCACUUACUAGAUUGUUUACCUAUAGAAAAGACAUCACUGAUUACAAUUUACGCAAUAUUACAAGUUGUCUGAAUGUUCCUAUGCCUAGUACUAACUCCUUGAAGAAAAGCUUUUCGUAUGAUGGGGCUUCUGUUUGGAAUUCAAUUCCAGCAGAAAUCAGAAAUAGCAAAAGCGUGUCACUUUUUCAAAAGAAAAUUGCUGCUUGCAUUUUAUAAUUUAGUUUAACAUGUAACUGAUUGAAUAAACUAAACUCUCUAAAUAUUUAAACUCAUCUUUCUCUUCUAUAGUUAUUUUAAUUCUUAGUAAAUUUUGUAAUCGCUUUUCAACAAAAGCACGCCCCUCGUGAAAAUCAACCCCAGUUGACGAGGCCAGCGUGUCAAAAUAAAGAUUUUCAUUCAUUCAUUCAUUCAUUCAUUCAUUCAUUCAUUCAUUCAUUCAAUAAAAAGUGAACCUCAAUAUCCCAAGAAUUAAAAGUGAUAUGCAUAAACUGGUUUAGAAUGUCCAUUGUCAUUUUAAAAUAUCUCUUGAAUAAAGUACUAUAAAGUAUUAUAAUUACUCAGAUAUGAAAAUUUUCGUUUCAUUGGUACUUUAUCAGUUUGUAGAGUAUGGGGGGAGGCAUAGAGAUUAUAAAUAAUACUAUGUAUAUAUGUUAUACUCCGUCAUGGGGGAAAUUGCAUUUUUUCUUUUCCUGGAAAACUUUUCAAACCAGAUUUCUUUGGUUCCGAAAUUUCUUUAGGACACAACUGUGACCGAAGUAUCACAUUCUUAACAACACUUUGCGAGAAAAGUUAUUAAUUGUAAAUUAAAUACAUUAAAUACUUAACAUGUUUAAAUAUAUAAAUACCAUUGAUUUCUAUUGAA